AUGGCCCGUCGUUACACUCGAGUUCGCCAUGUCGGCGGCGGGCAUCUCAGUUUCUUGCGGUUCUGCGUCUUCCUCGUCUCCAGCCAGGGUUAUGAGGCCAAAUUUAUCAUUUCGAACACCAGGAUUUCAGAUGCAGGCAUCUACCAGUGUUCAUAUUGCUUUAAAUCCAGCACUGAGACGCGAUGUUCACAUUACAGUGACAAAGCACACAUCAACAUAGCAGAUCCUAGCAUCCCCAAACCCUCCAUCAAGGUGAAACCAGGGUACCGGAAUGCUUUACACUCAAGCGUCAGUAUUGAAUGCCAGGGACAAGAAGAUGAUCUGAACUUCUUCCUUCGUAAAGCAAACACUGGAGAAAUAUUACAGGAAUCAUCAGCACUAGCUACAGGCACAGCCACCUUUCAUUUCUUUCAGGUUAGGAGUGAGGAUGCUGGAAGCUACAUCUGCCAAUAUCACCACAGAAGCUCUCCAUUUAUCUGGUCCGAGCCAAGUGACCCUGUGAAGCUCAUUGUGGAAGGACAAGGUUUUCCAAAACCUUCCAUCUCUGUGAGCCCCAGUGACAUGGUGAUCCUGAGAGGAAACUUCAACAUCCAGUGCAGGAAUGAAAAGGUGGCACAAGUAGAGUUUGGUCUGUUUAAAGAAGGGCGUGCACUUCUGUUCAGGAAUGCAGAGCUGCAUGAAGCUGUAUUCUCCUUGGUCAAUGUCAAGCAAUCAGACAGUGGGGUCUACUGGUGUAAAUAUCACAUCAGAAAUUUCCCAUUUGAUCAAUGGUCACCUGACAGUGACCCUGUUCACAUCAACAUAAUAGAUCCCAGCUUCACCAAACCUUUCAUUAAUGUGAGUUCCAAGGGGAAGUUUGCACUGGACUCAAAAGCCACCAUUGAAUGCCAGAGCAAAGAAAACGGAUUAACCUUCUCCCUGCGAAAAUCAGGAAAACUGAUUGCAUCACUGAAGACCGAGCCAAAUGGAAACACAGCAAAGUUCCUUCUCUCCAUGGGGAGGAGAGAGGAUGCAGGGAACUACAGUUGUCAGUAUCAGCACAGAGAAAAUCCUUUUGUCUGGUCAGAGCCAAGUGACCCUGUGGAGCUGGUUGUGACAGGUGAAUCCUCAAUUGUCAUAUUGGCCAGCUGUGUUGUGGGCCUUUUCCUGGUUCUCUUCUUCUUCUUGCUUGCCAUUGUAUGGUACAAAAGAAGAAGAAAGUGCUCCACUGCCAAUGAAGAAAACCAACCAGUGACAAGGCCCCUGAAAUGUGAAGCCAGUACAGACUAUGAUGGAGUAACCUCUGGAGUGGAACAGGAUGAAUUCACCAAUGGAACUGACAAUGACGGCUUAACCUAUGUUGUACUGAACCAUCAGCCCCCGAAAAGCAAGGAGGUGGCCAUUCCUGGGAACCCCUCUGAAUCAUGCAUUUAUGCCUCAGUUGCCAAAGACAGAGCCAGCGGAAAAAACCAUUGCAGUCCAGCGGCCCAUGAAAAUGCUAAAGCAGUGUAA